GCGGCAUGGCGGGGCGGCGGGUGAACGUGAACGUGGGCGUGUUGGGCCACAUCGACAGCGGCAAGACGGCGCUGGCGCGCGCGCUGAGCACCACGGCCUCCACCGCCGCCUUCGACAAGCAGCCGCAGAGCCGCGAGCGCGGCAUCACGCUCGACCUGGGCUUCUCGUGCUUCGCGGUGCCGCUGCCCGCUCGCCUGCGGCCGGCGCUGCCCGCGCCCCGGGAGGCGGCCGAGGCCGGGACCGAGCGCGAGCCCGAGCCGCUGCUGCAGGUCACGCUGGUCGACUGCCCCGGGCACGCCUCGCUCAUCCGGACCAUCAUCGGCGGGGCCCAGAUCAUUGAUCUGAUGAUGCUGGUCAUCGAUGUGACCAAGGGGAUGCAGACCCAGUCAGCGGAAUGCCUUGUGAUUGGCCAGAUUGCCUGCCAGAAGCUGGUCGUGGUGCUGAACAAAAUAGACCUCUUAGCCGAAGGGAAGAGACAGGCAGCAAUUGAUAAAAUGACCAAGAAAAUGCAGAAGACCCUAGAGAACACCAAGUUCCGAGGUGCACCGAUUAUACCUGUGGCGGCGAAGCCUGGGGGACCGGAGGCCCCUGAAACUGAAGCUCCACAGGGCAUCUCAGAGCUUGUUGAGCUCCUGAAGUCCCAGAUUUCCAUUCCAACGAGAGACCCCUCGGGACCAUUUCUCAUGUCUGUGGACCACUGUUUCUCCGUCAGAGGCCAAGGCACUGUGAUGACAGGGACCAUCCUCUCGGGCUCCAUCAGCCUCGGCGACAGUGUGGAGAUUCCUGCCCUCAAGGUGGUGAAGAAGGUGAAGUCCAUGCAGAUGUUCCACAUACCCGUCUCCUCAGCCAUGCAGGGAGACCGGCUGGGCAUCUGUGUCACCCAGUUUGACCCCAAGCUGCUGGAGCGUGGGCUGGUGUGUGCCCCUGAGUCCCUGCACACUGUCCAUGCAGCUCUCAUCUCCGUGGAAAAGAUCCCCUAUUUCCGGGGGCCCCUACAGACCAAAGCCAAGUUCCACAUCACAGUGGGCCAUGAGACAGUCAUGGGCCGAUUGAUGUUCUUCAGCCCUGACCCUGAUAGCUUUGACCACGAGCCUGUCUUGGACUCCUUCGACUUCUCUCGAGAGUACCUCUUCCAGGAGCAGUACCUGUGCAAGGACUUGGUGCCAGCAGGGACAGACAGUGAUGAGGCUGACAAGGCGGGCCAGGCCACAGAGGGACACUGUCCUCGGCAGCAGUGGGCCCUUGUGGAGUUUGAGAGGCCUGUCACCUGCCCUCAGCUGUGCCUGGUGAUCGGCUCCAGGUUGGAUGCAGACAUCCACACCAACACGUGCCGGCUGGCCUUCCACGGCAUCCUGCUCCACGGCCUGGAGGACAGGAACUACGCCGAGAGCUUCCUGCCCACCCUGAAGGUGUACAAGCUAAAGCACAGGCGCGGCCUUGUGGAGCGGGCGAUGGAUGACUACAGCGUGAUUGGCCGUUCCCUGUUCAAAAAGGAGACCAACAUCCAGCUCUUCGUGGGGCUUAAGGUGCACCUGUCCACUGGGGAGCUGGGAGUCAUUGACAGCGCCUUCGGCCAGAGUGGCAAGUUCAAGAUCCACAUCCCCGGUGGCCUCAGCCCUGAGUCCAAGAAGAUCUUGACACCUGCCCUCAGGAAGCGGGGCCGGGCCGGCCGGGGGGAGGCAGCCAAGCAGGAGGAGGGUGCAGAGUCCGCCCCACCCGUGGCACUCAGCCUGUCUUUCAAGCGUUAUGUCUUUGAUACCCAGAAGCGCAUGGUCCAGUCUCCCUGAGUCCCCUGGUAACCAGGCCCAAGCCCAGCUGCAGUGCUAAAUACCCAACCAGACAUGCUUCGACCUCUCCCAGUCUUUUCCGUGAUCUUGCAGGUAGAAGGCCCCCCACCCCCACCCCCACCCCGGGCUUGGUGCUCAGCUCCAAGAGAAGCCUGAGGAUAGGGGACAGAUGAUGGGGCCUGAAGGGUCUCUAGCUCCUCACCUGCACCUUCCCACCUGGGACAGCAGCCGGGCCCAGCUAGGAAAGGGCCUCAGCCAGAGCUGGUGGCCAUCUGCAGGCCACUCUCAGCCCCUGGCCCAAGUGGGUAGGCACUCAGCAGCCGCAAAUAAAUGU